ACCCUAUUCCAACCAAGUUAAAUCCUGCUUCAUUUUUGAAAUCAAUCAAAGCUACCUAGAGCUGGAAGCUCCUCCCAAAUUGGAAGGUUUCUUCCCAGGUUUGGACCCCCCUGGGCGCCUCCUGCCCCCAACCCCUGGCCUCCCUUAUGGGUCACCUCAGACACUCCCAACAGCCCCCCCAACAACUUCACAGCUACCCCCUGGAGUACGGAUGAGUCUGGAGAACAGUGAGCUCUGGAAGCAGUUCAGUGGCAUUGGAACCGAGAUGAUCAUCACCAAAGCAGGCAGGCGGAUGUUUCCACAGCUAAAAGUUUCGGUCACAGGCCUGGAUCCUGAAGCUAAGUACCUACUGCUGGUGGAUGUCGUUCCUGUAGGAGGCUCCCGCUACAAGUGGCAUGGCAAAAAGUGGGAACCCAGUGGCAAGGCAGAAUUACCACCUCCAGACCGGGUUUACAUCCAUCCUGACUCACCUGCAUCAGGUGCCCACUGGAUGCGCCAACCUGUAUCUUUCCAUCGGCUCAAGCUGACCAACAAUACCCUGGAUCCUCAUGGACAUUUGAUCGUUCAUUCCAUGCACCGUUACCAGCCCAGAGUACAUGUGGUGGGAGCUGGAGGGCGCCGCGGAGCAGGGAGUGGCUGUGCUUCCUUCACCUUUCCUGAGACACAGUUUCUGACUGUCACAGCCUACCAGAACCCACAGAUCACUCAGAUGAAGAUAGAAAGCAACCCUUUUGCAAAGGGCUUCCGAGAAAAUGGCAUGAACAGCAAAAGGGAGCGCGAGGCCCGAAUCAAAAGGAAGAUGAAGACCAAUGAACACGAAGCAAACCAGGGUGAAAGUGAGAGCAAGAAAGGCCCUUGCGACUCCACCCUGACAGAAGAGGGGCCUCUGGAACAACAGCCACCCCCUGCACUUCCACAGCCUUCCUGUUCCUUCUACCCCCCUGCAGGAAUUAAUCUCAAUGGGGCCGAAGCUUAUGUACAACAUCCAGCUGCUUUUCAUGGUUUAAGGGGGCCAGCAUCUCCUUAUAGCAGCCCAAGCCAAGAAAUAGCAGCUCCUCCAUCUUCUCCCCCCACCAAGUCUCCUCCUGAGCAAACGGAGUUCAGAGCAAUGCUCCCAGUGAGCUGGCCCAGCCUGGAUAUGGUUCCUUUCCUUGGAAGUGCAGAACCACCAGAAGCUUCCUCGUUCUCUCCUUUCAAGUUCAGUUUUGCACCCUACCCGCCUCCACCUCAUGUCUAUGGACCUCCCUCUGGCUACCCUGGCUCAUAGCCCUGCACCACCUGGAUACCUGCAUUUGAUUUGCUUCUGCUUGCAAAAUUUCAUGGUGUUUCCUCUUCCAUUUAAAGAAGUAGAGUUUGAUUAUAUCCACAUAAUUAAAUCCACAUAAUUAAAUCCCAAAAGGCUGCAACUGUACAUUUUCCCCCCACAGUGAAUAUAAGGAAGCUGAGAUGCUCGCAUUCAAACUUUUUUUUCCCAAUUAUUUCCAAGUAGAAAAUUUCUAUUCAAUAUCCUAAGUGGUAGCUAUGCUUCAGCUAUUCCUGUUAAAAAAUCUUAACAAAGACAAGACUAAUAUACAAGUGCAUGUUUUUAUGUAUGCCUGCAUGUCAUCUUAGUAUUGAUAUUGGAGUGGGUACAUAUGUUGUGGCAGCAGCUUAGAAAUUAGCAACUUAUGUUUUUUUUAAAAAAAUGAUUUUUUAUCAGAUGUUAAAAACCAAAUCCCAUAGCUGGCAUAAGCCAGUUGGUUUGAUGAGAGGAUGCAAAUUCCCUUAUUUU